AUGCAAAUAUUGCACACCAAUGGGUUUAGUAUAGACGACUUGGAAAGGAAAAAGUAUAUAGUCUUCUCAAACACGGUUGGAAGCAUGGCAGAGAUUGUUGCAGCAAUGUAUGAUUUGGGCAUACAAUUCAGCAACCCAACUUCUACAGCAGACAUCAACGCAAUUAAAAGGCACAUAGAUUCUGGCAGGGAAUAUUGCUCACUUCCGAUAAUUGUGUCAGAGGCAAUCAAAAAUUUAUGGAGAGAUCCAGCAGUGCGUGUGGCUUAUGAAAGGCGGUGUGAUUAUCAUAUACAAGACAGCGCUUCAUAUUUCUUCGACAAUAUUGACAGGAUAGCAGCAAAGGAUUACAGACCUACUUGUCGAGAUGUUCUGCUUACCAGAGUUGCUACGACCGGCGUAGUUAAAUUGCAAUUUAUGUUUAAAAGUAUUGAAUUCAAUGUCUACGAUGUAGGAGGUCAACGCUCAGAAAGGCGUAAAUGGAUACACGUAUUUGAUGAUGUUAAUGCUAUCAUUUUUGUUGCGGCAAUUAGUGAAUAUGAUCAAAGGGUUAGGGAGGAUAACAGAACGGUAAACAAAAUAAAACUCAAAAAAUUAACCUUAACUGAAAUGAAUACUAGCCAAAUUUAUUGCUAG